AUGACCUUCAACGGCUCCUGGAAAAUUGACCGCAAUGAUAACUAUGAGAAGUUUAUGGAGCAGAUGGGUGAGUGAUAUCUAAUUGCUGAAUUUACUGAUGAAGUCAUGAACUUUCUUUUUUUUAGCAAGUGAAUAGAUUGUUAGGAAAAAACUAGAAUGUUACCAUGGUGAGUCUCUAUGUUUAUGAUAUGCAUAAUAAGAUCACGACAUGAUAGGGCAGUUUGAAGUAAUACACUACUGGUUAGCAAGUUACAGUAAAUGAAGAUAGUUGUUAUGCAGUUUAAUUGUUAGUUAUACAGAAAACUGAUACUCUAACCAAUGUCUUAUUUGAUUUAUUUAAUUUGUUCAAUCGUCAUGUAAGUAAAUGACUUACCAAAUAGAUAGCUUAACCAAAUACUGGAGCGUGGGUCUUGUUUGAAUUCAUUUUGACACAGGAUGGACCUACUAAACAUGUUGUUUGGCUCAUGUACUCGCUCCUCUUCUCCAAAUAGACAAACAAUGAAACAACCUGUGCAUGAAAAGUGAUUAAUUUAUGACACCCUUCCUUUGAUUGUUCAGGGUCUGUUGAACAUAUUCAUUGUGUCCGUUGAUAGGAAUUAACAUGGUAAAGAGGAAGCUGGCUUCUCACGACAACCUCAAGAUAAUCCUUGAACAGACUGGAGACAAGUUUCAUGUGAAGGAGAGCAGCAAUUUCCGUACCCUGGAGCUAGACUUCACCCUCGGGGUCACCUUUGAGUACAGUCUUGCUGAUGGAACAGAACUUUCAGUAAGUUUGAGCUGCAUACAGUGCAGCACAUUAUCAUAACAAAGUGCUUUUUUAAGCUUAUUUAAAACAAUUUUAAUUCGAAUUCUCCAUGCAAUCAUGCGUUUUGUCCUCUCUGUUAAAACCUUCACCUCACUUUAGACUUCGAACCUUUUAGCUGCAAGUCCAUUUGUUUACUAAGUACACAGGUCAUGUGUCAGUGUCUAACUUUUAUAGUUGUAACUUUUGUGCCAAGUUGAUUUAAACUCUUGGCUCAUAACAGUAGCAGCCAUAAAACUAUCCACAAGCACGGCCUACUCUUGCACUCCUCCGACACCUUUCCCAUGAAGUUUUUCACGAGUAAUUUUUAUGUUUGUCCCUGCAGGGCGCAUGGACCAUGGAGGGAGACAUGCUGAAGGGGAUUUUCGUCAGAAAGGACAACGGAAAGCAACUGACAACAACCAGAAUCGUCCAAGGAGAUGAACUCAUUCAGGUAGGUUUAAUAAUUAUGCAAAGGAGGCACUCUUUGGGCACUUUUCUAAAGCAAGUAAAACAGCCUGAUGUGUUUUGUUUAUCUAAAAUAUAAGCUGUUAUUCUGCCUGUACAUCCAAGUUAAAUGUGUGAAAACAGUCACAGCUGAUGUUUAUAUAUAUGUUAAUACACUUAAGAUUAUGACCUAAAACUUGGUUAGAAACCCAGUUUGUUUUACAGAUGUAGUCUUGGAUGAUUUUUAUGUGAUGUCUUUUGCCAACAGAGCUACAACUAUGAAGGUGUGGAUGCAAAGAGGAUUUUCAAGAGGGCUUAA